AUGGCUCGGAAAACGCAGCGCUGGUUACCCUUCCAGGACCAAUACCUUGCACAAGCCGUUGACGAACGCCGCCCUUUCCUCGAGCCCAAGCAGAAUCUGAAGGAGGCAUGGAACGAGACCGCUGCCGUUCUUGAGAAGAACAGUCGAGCAGAGGGACCACAGUCUGCUGUUGUUUGUACCGGCUCCGCCUGUCGCACCCGCUUCAACAAGAUCAUGGGCCAUCACAAGGUUGAACAGCGAGACGAAACUCGAUCAUUGCAGAAGACGGGGGCGGUUGAAGACAUUUCCAAGCAUCUCAAGCUUAUGACAGAGCUGCGGGCGCUCCUCAAUGACGAAGCGCGCGUGCCAACGGCUCCAAAGACCUUCAAGGCAAAGAAGAAAGCCGAUCUGGAGAGGCAGGCGGGACUGGAAAUGCGCGACGCAGCGAUGAUGGGUCUUGUGGAUACUUCGACUCUGACAGAUGUUACACAGCUGGAGGGAUCUUCGGUUUGCGAGAAGCAAGGGCAGCAAAAACGCAAUCGGGACCCACUUGGUGACACAACCAAUCAGAACGAAGAUGAGCAAACUGAGACUUCGGUCCGACCCAAGAAACGUCGCCGAGGAGCGAAUGCAAUGAACGAUGCCCUGGCCAAGAAGGGAGAAACUCUCGACAAGACGUUUGAAGACGCGCGGAAGCAAGGUGCAAAUCAGCAUGCACAGAUCAUUGAGGGGCAGGAACGGAUUGUUGAGUCGCAGGACAAGGUCGCUGUUGCUCUGAACGAGCUUUUGGGGGAAAUCAAGGGCAUGCGACAGGACGCUCAGGGUGCCCGUGAUACCAACGGUUUGUCUCGAGUCACCGAAAUUCUGGCUCAGGCUCUCGUGGACAAGAAGUAG